AUGUUGAACAAGGCUUUAGAUAAACAUGCUCCUGUUGUUAAAAAGAGAGUUAAAAGGGACAGGCAGCCUGAAUGGUAUAACAGUGAAAUCAUUUACGCUAGGAAUAUGAGAGAUAAAUAUAAUGCACUUGGUUUAUGGAGUGAGUAUAAAUUUUGGAGAAAUAAAACUAAACAAAUUGUAGAUAACUCAAAAAAGAAUUAUUAUAAAAAUAUGGUAAAAGACUCCAAUGACCCUAAAACCUUAUGGAAAUGUCUUCACAGUCUGAACCCAAAAGUUAAAAAUACACCAUAUGAGUUAACCACAGAAGAUAACAAUACAACUAAAAGUAAAAAAUGUAUAGCUGAUACUUUUAAUAACUUUUUCACUUCCUGUGCUGAAAAACUAAGAGGACAAGGAAGUUAUACACCUGUAAAUAAAGCAAAUUUUAGUAAUCUAAGUAAAUUUGUUAAAAAUAAAUUACAUAAACAUGAAAAAUUUUCUAUACCACCAGUGAACAUGAAUGAGCUAUUUAAUGAAUUAGCAAAACUUGAUAUAAAUAAAGCAUCUGGUAUGGAUAAUAUUGGACCGAAAAUCCUAAGAUUAAGUGCCCCUUUUAUUGCAUCACCUCUCACAUAUAUAUUUAACAGAAUGAUAGAUACUGGUAUAUAUCCUUCAUUACUGAAGAAUGCUAAGCUUAAAAUUUAUGGAUUUAGUGAGGCUUCUGUUAGUUUUUUCAAGUCAUACCUCAAUAACAGAAAACAGCAGGUAAAAAUUUGUAAUGUUUAUUCUGAACAACAACAUGUAAAAUUUGGUGUCCCCCAAGGUUCUAUACUUGGUCCCCUAUUGUUUGUACUAUUUAUAAAUGACCUUCCCUUAUGCAUUGAAAAUUGUGAAACAGACCUAUAUGCUGAUGACACCACUCUUCAUAAAUCUGGGAAAAACAUAGAAAACAUACAUGAUGAUGUUCAAGAAGAUUUAUACAGGGUUGAAGAGUGGUGUAAAAUGAACAACAUGUUCAUUAAUGCAAAUAAAACAAAAUGUUUGGUUACUGGAACAAAACAGAAACUAUCAAUUCAGACCUGUCAACCAAACUUGAUAAUAAAUUCAAAAGUAUUACAAAAUUCUUCAUGUGAAAAAUUAUUAGGUGUUAAAAUUGACAACACACUUAACUGGAAAAAUCAAAUUGACCAAGUUUGUGCUAAUAUAUCAUCCAGAAUAUACCUUCUUUCUAAAAUAAAGAAAUUUUUAGAUAUAAAUGCAAGGAAAACAUAUUACAAUGGGUAUAUUCUUCCCUUAAUUGACUACUGCUGUAUUAUUUGGGGUGAAUGUAAAAAUGAAGGGAUAACAAGAAUUUUAAAACUCCAAAAAAGGGCAGCAAGAUUAAUUCUAGAUGCAGAUCCUUUAUCCCCCUCAGCCCCCUUAUUUAAAAAACUUUGGUGGAUGACAGUUGACAAUAGAAUAAAAUACCACAAAUAUUUACUUCUAUAUAAAUGUAUGCAUAUGGAAGCACCAAUGUACCUAGUUCAAAAGUUUAAACUGAAAUCAGAUAAUAAUCCUUACUCCUUAAGAGGCGUCACUCAAGGUAAUCUGAUAGUUUCUAAGCCAAAAGCUGAACUAUUUAAGAAAUCCUGUGCUUAUUUUGGAUCAGUAUUAUGGAAUGGACUACCACACACAAUGCGUAAAGCUCAAAACACUUUUACUUUUAAGCAAAGUAUCAAGAAGUACCUAACACAUCCCUGA